GUGAUCUUUUGUUUUUUCCUCUUUCUACAGAGGAUUCUACUUCUUUGUUCUUGUUAUACACAUUUGUUCAUCAUCUACUGGUGAUAUCUGAUUGUUUCUUCUUGGUUGGUUUGUUCUAUAUAGGAAGAUCAAAUUCAAAGUUUAAAUAGAAUAUACAAAAAUAUGGGUUUGGAUUAUUACAACAUAUUGAAAGUGAACAGAAAUGCAACGGAGGAUGAUCUGAAGAAAUCUUACAGAAGAUUGGCUAUGAAGUGGCAUCCUGACAAAAACCCCAACACCAAACUGGAAGCUGAAGCCAAAUUCAAACAGAUCUCCGAGGCUUAUGAUGUUCUGAGCGAUCCCCAGAAGCGAGCUAUAUAUGAUCAAUACGGAGAAGAAGGACUAACCGAUAUGCCCCCUCCAGGGAGCACUGGAAACAACGGAAGAGCCAACGGUUUUAACCCUAGAAAUGCAGAAGACAUAUUUGCUGAGUUCUUUGGAAGCAGCCCCUUUGAUUUCGGAUCAGCUGGAAGAUCCAUGAGGUUUCAAUCCGACGGAGGAGGAAUGUUUGGAGGAAGAACGUACAGCGAUGGCACUGUGCCUAAGAAACCUCCACCUGUUGAGAGCAAACUGCCUUGUACCCUUGAAGAGCUCUACUCUGGAUCAACUAGGAAAAUGAAGAUCUCUAGAUCCCUUAUUGACACCAACGGGAGACAAGGGCAAGAGACAGAGGUUCUGACGAUUGAUGUGAAACCGGGAUGGAAGAAAGGGACCAAGAUCAAGUUUCCCGACAAAGGAAACGAGACAGUGAAUCAGUUACCUGCUGAUUUGGUGUUUGUGAUCGACGAGAAGCCUCACGAUUUGUUCAAGAGAGAUGGGAAUGAUCUCAUCACAAGUAAAAGAGUGACGCUUGCUGAAGCUAUUGGUGGAACAACUGUGAGCAUCAACACGCUAGAUGGGCGUAAUGUACCCGUUGGUGUCACUGACAUCAUCAGUCCUGGCCAUGAGCAUGUGGUUACUGGAGAAGGGAUGCCUGUAGCUAAAGAACCAAGAAACAAAGGUGAUCUAAAAAUCAAAUUCGAUGUUCAGUUCCCGACAAGAUUGACUACGGACCAGAAGUUCGCACUCAAGCGCGUCUUAGCAGGUUGAACAAGCCUCGAGGUUUUAAAAAUCUGUACAAAUCUUUGAUUGUUUCAAAAGUUUAUUAUUAAAAGGCUCCAUUAUUGUAAUUCUGUUACAAAGCUACAUUACAAGA